CUGAAAAAAUGGAAGAUCAAUCACAGAAUCUUGAUCCAAUGUUUUCGCCGCAAUUGAUGAUAAAUCGGCGAAUGGCUCGACAGGUUCAUAUUUCCAGAUACUCUGAUUCCAGUAAUCUAUUACUUGAAACUAAUCAACUGAGCCUCCCGAACUCAUUUGCAGCCAGUUCAAGCCUUCUGCAACGACAGAUAAAUCUCACUCAGCAUCAAGUUAAGAGGGAACAAAUUCAAGGCAGUAACUUGGGGAGAACCUUUCCUAUUAAUUCAGUCAUCUCUUAUGGGGCAGAAAAAGGCAAACUUCCAGUAACCAGGCCUCAUGCUGCAGGCUUGAAUACAUCAAUCGAUCCAUCACCACUAAAUGGAUGGCCUUUAGAUGCCCCAAACUAUCAGCAACAACUUCAAAUAUUGAAUUGUCUGCCAGAGAAAUCAGAUAAGGGGCUGCUGCCCAGAAACCCGACACCUACUUUUCCAGGAAGCUCUGCCAAGUUCAAUUAUCAUAAUCUGAUAAUUCCUAAGCAGUACAUAAUUGAGAAUAACAGAUCGAUGACAAUCCAAAUAGCACAAACAGAACAUCGAAACCGUUAUAAUUUGCUGCAGCAACUGCAGGAUGAUAUCAAGGCUGAGGAGUACAAACCUGUUGAUGGCACCGUUGAUUCUUUUCUGUCCCAUGAUGAUGACGACGUUGAUAAUAAAAGCACUCCUUUCAAUAUUUUAAGGCACCGUUCUAACAGGCUUAAUAAAACUGAACAUAAAGGCUUCACAUUUGAAGAAGUUAGUUGCCUCCACUCAAGCAAAAGCAAAGUCUUGAGCUGCCAUUUUUCAUCAGAUGGGAAGUUUCUAGCGAGUGUCGGGCAUGAAAAGAAGGUCUUGAUAUGGAAUAUGGAAAGCCUUGAUUUUGUUAGAACUUCGGAGGGCCAUUCUCUUCUCAUUACUGAUGUUCGUUUUAGACAAAGUUCAACCAUAUUUGCAACAUCUUCUUUUGACCAAACUGUCCAAAUAUGGGAUUCUGCCAAGCCAAGCAAAUCACUUUUCAAGCUUUUGGGGCAUGCUGAACAGGUUUUGUCAUUGGAUUUCCACCCUAGAAAUGUGGAUCUUCUUUGUUCCUGUGAUAGAAAUAACGAGAUGCGAUUAUGGAAUAUCAACCAGCGUACUUGCAUUCAUGUCUCUAAGGCAGUUACUAAACAAGUCCGAUUCCAGCCUGGACUAGGAAAGUUAAUUGCAACUGCUUCGGGGAAUGGUGUCAAUGUUAUUGAUGUCGAGACUAACAAGCCUCAAUUCUGUUUGAAGGGGCAUGGUAAAGAUGUUCUUUCAAUUUGCUGGGAUCCAUGUGGCAAGUAUAUUGCCUCCAUCAGUGAAGACAGUGCACAAGUGUGGUCAGUAUCCGGGGGAGAAUGCUUACAUGACUUGCGCUCAACAGGCAACAAGUUCCAGUCCUGCGCAUUUCAUCCAGCGUACUCACAACUCUUGGUCAUUGGUGGCUACCAGUGUCUUGAAUUAUGGAAUCCAAUUGAGAGCCACAAAACAUUGACAGUUGAAGCACACAAGGGACUUAUUUCUUCACUGGCGGAUUGUCUGCAGACUGAAACGAUCGCCUCCACAAGCCAUGACCAGCGCGUUAAGCUAUGGAAGUAAACAUCCUUCUCCAUGAUAACUCAUGCAUCUG